AUGGAGUAUGUCCUGCGUGGCGCUUCGGCGCUCAAGACCCUCCGGGAGACGCGUCUGAGCGCAUUGAAGGGCCCCGGGGAGUUCUUCGACUACCACCGGAUCUCUCGUCCGGCGGACAUGAACGAAGCUACUUCGAGGAUAUCAUACAACACGCGCUACUUCUCCGGCAACUACUUGCUUAUCAUUCUCGGGCUUGCGAUCUAUGCCAUCAUCACCAAGCCCAUCCUGCUGAUAGCGAUCUUCUUCCUUGUCGGAGGAUUCGCCGCCAUCAACCGGCUUGCGCCCGAAUCCAUCCAGGUGGGCAACCAGACCAUAACCCAAUCAACGCUCUACAUCGCUCUGUUCGUUAUCGGACUUCCCCUGCUUAUGUGGGCUAGCCCCGUGUGGACCUUCUUCUGGCUCCUUGGCAGCAGCGCCUUCAUCAUCCUCUUCCAUGCAGCGCUGAUGGAACCGGGCAUCGAGAGCGAGUAUGCGAACAUGCCUGAUAAUACGAAUGUAUGA